GUUUCCAAACGGGCCCCCUUCCAGCCCAGCCGGGGCAGCGGGCUGACGCUGCCCGCCUCUCCUCUAUCCCGAGGACGGAUAUUAAUCGGAUUUACCCGGCGGAGGGGGGGGAAGCAGGGGGGAAAAAAAAAAAAAAAAAAAAGACGCAAGAUCCGCAAACGUGCAGCCUUGCUGUAAACAAUGAAAUUGAAGGCUGCUGCUGCUCUAAUCCCCUGAAUACCGGACCGCGCUUCUCCCCAGCAAUGCAUUUUGGGAUCCGCAGGAGGAUGCGUGCGGUUGCUGCAUGGAUUUAACUCGUCCCUGGAUGUCUCCUCGGCAGGGGCCGGCAGGGCUGGAUGCCGCUUACAUGGACGCCGUCCGGCGGCGGGGAGCGAUGCCGGAGCGGAGCGGCUGAAGCGGGGGCCGCCUAGCCCCGCGGUGUGCAGCGGAGUGACUCCCCGAGCGGGGUGUGACACGGGCGCAUUUUUUAAUUUAUUAUUUUUUUUUAUUGGGUUGCAGUGGUUUGUGGUUCUGCAUUUUCGAUUCGCGGUUCCAGAAACCCACAUCCGUCUCGCAGCUCCAUCUCCGGCGGCGGGCACGCCGCGAUGCCCGGGCUGGAUGCUGCUGCCUGAGGGGAGGAGAGCGGCGGGGGGAGACAUGUAUCUUCUGGACAGCAGCGAGCCGCCGGCCGCCGCCUCCUCUCCGGAGAGGAUGCAGAGGGGGACCCCCCAGAGGAAAACCGUCUACCGCAUCUCCGUGACCAUGGUGAAGAAGGAGUUGCUGGGGCCCGAGAGCGGCCAUCCCGGCCCGGAGCUGCCCCGCCACGGGCGGCGGGGGGGGAGCCGGGCGCCGGGCUCCUCCAGCCUCACCAGGGCCGGGCUGCUGCUGGUGGAGGAGGAGGAGGGCGAGGAGGAGGGCGAGGAGCGGGACCGAGUCCCCAGCCCCUGCGGCUUCCGCAACUUCAGGACCCUCAGCACCGGGCAGCUGGAGCUGGGCCGCCUCAAGGUGCCGCGGAGAGCGGGGCAGCCCUUCCCUGCCGAGCUCGCCCUCGGGGGGCCGCGGGGCAGCCCUUCCCCGGAGGGGAGCGGCGGGGAGCCGGCAGCCACCUGUGGCGGGGCCGAAGCCGGAGCCGGAGCCUCCCCCGAGGAGGGCGACGAUGAUGAUGAUGAGGAGGAAGGGGCUCCGGGGACCCGCGGCCCGCCGUCAGGCCGCUCGGGCGAGGCCCCGCAGGCGGGGGAGCGGGGGCAGAGCCCCUGGCGGCAGCCGGGCCUGCUGCGGCGGAGCUUCAGCUUCAGGCACUGGAGCGGCGGGGCAGAGCUGCCGCGGAUGCGGGCGCUGAGCCGGGUGCGGCGGCACAGCAGCUCCGGCUGCCUCCCUGGGCCGCCGCCGAGCCAGGGGGCCGGGGCGCGGGGCUCGCCGCCUGCCGCCACCCCCACCACCGUCGUCCCCGUCGUUCCCCCCGAGAAACGCAACACGCUGGACGUGGGCGAGGUGCUGAGCCAGGCGGACCCGCUCUCCCAGCUGGAGCGCUGGGAGCGGAGCAAGAGCAAGAACCGGACUCUGGAUAACAGCGAUCUGCAGCGGCUCUCGGAGCGGCUGGGCCGGGAGGGCCCCGCCGCCGCCCAGGAGCACCGGCUGCUGCGCUUCUUCAGCGGCAUCUUCGCCCGCAAGGACGGCACCUCCGCCCUCUUCGGCAGCCCCCACGGGCGGUCCCCACGCAGCAGCUUCUCCAGGUCCAGGGCUUAUUUUAGCAGCCUCAGGAGAACCACCGUGGACAUGCAGUCUAGCUCCGAGAGCAUCAAUGGGUCCCCCCACAAAGAUGCCUUUGUAAAUAGCCAGGAAUGGACACUAAGCCGAUCUGUACCAGAACUGAAAGUGGGGAUCGUGGGUAACUUAGCAAGUGGCAAGUCUGCACUUGUACAUCGGUACCUGACUGGCACGUAUGUCCAAGAGGAAUCACCAGAAGAUAUGGAUGCAGGUGGGAGAUUCAAGAAGGAGAUAGUGGUUGAUGGACAAAGCUAUCUGCUGCUGAUUAGAGAUGAAGGGGGCCCUCCAGAGGCACAGUUUGCCAUGUGGGUGGAUGCUGUUAUAUUUGUCUUCAGCUUGGAAGAUGAAAUUAGCUUCCAGACUGUUUACCACUACUACAGCCGUAUGGCUAACUAUCGUAACACUAGUGAAAUUCCAAUGGUACUAGUGGGAACCCAGGAUGCUAUAAGUUCCAGUAAUCCACGUGUCAUAGACGAUGCCAGAGCGAGGAAGUUAUCAAAUGAUCUCAAGAGAUGCACUUACUACGAGACGUGUGCCACUUACGGACUGAACGUGGAGAGAGUCUUCCAAGACGUUGCUCAGAAGAUCGUUGCGACAAGGAAGAAACAGCAACUCUCAAUUGGACCCUGCAAAUCUCUACCAAACUCUCCAAGCCACUCAUCGGUGUGUUCUGCCCAGGUUUCUGCCGUACAUAUCAGCCAGACCAGUAAUGGAGGAGGGAGUUUAAGUGAUUAUUCCUCCUCUGUCCCAUCAACUCCAAGCACCAGCCAGAAGGAGCUACGGAUUGAUGUUCCUCCCACUGCCAACACACCAACUCCUGUCCGUAAACAGUCCAAGCGCCGAUCCAACCUCUUCACGUCUCGGAAAGGGAGUGACCCAGACAAAGAGAAGAAGGUCCUGGAGAGCAGAACGGAUAGCAUUGGAAGCGGUCGCGCAAUCCCAAUUAAACAGGGUAUGCUGCUAAAGCGAAGUGGCAAGUCAUUGAAUAAAGAGUGGAAGAAGAAAUACGUGACGUUGUGCGACAACGGCGUGCUGACCUACCAUCCUAGUUUACACGACUACAUGCAGAACGUUCACGGGAAAGAAAUCGACUUGCUGAGAACCACUGUGAAAGUCCCCGGGAAGAGGCCACCCCGAGCUACGUCAGCUUGCGCACCCAUUUCCAGCCCCAAAACGAACGGCCUCUCCAAGGACAUGAGCAGUUUACACAUCUCGCCGAAUUCAGGGAACGUGACUACUAGCACAUCUGUGUCUCAGAUGGCAAGUGGGAUCAGUCUAGUCUCCUUCAACAGUCGUCCGGAUGGUAUGCAUCAGCGCUCUUACUCAGUCUCCAGUGCAGAUCAGUGGAGUGAGGCAACAGUCAUUGCAAACUCUGGCAUUAGCAGUGAUACCGGAUUAGGAGAUUCUGUGUGUUCAAGCCCAAGUAUAUCCAGUACGACGAGCCCCAAACUCGAUCCACCUCCUUCACCUCACGCCAACAGAAAGAAACACCGCAGGAAGAAAAGCACGAGCAAUUUCAAAGCUGAUGGUAUCUCGGGCACAGCUGAAGCCAAACGCAAAGCUUGGAAACUAAACCGUGUUGGUAGCCUGCGAAAUAUAUACAGCAGCAGCAGCACCAACACCGAAGAACAAGAAGAAAACUUUGAGUUUAUCAUUGUCUCUCUCACCGGCCAGACUUGGCACUUUGAAGCUACCACAUAUGAAGAAAGAGAUGCGUGGGUACAAGCCAUAGAGAGUCAGAUCUUGGCCAGUUUACAGUCAUGUGAGAGCAGCAAGAACAAGUCCCGCCUGACGAGUCAGAACGAGGCCAUGGCCCUUCAGUCCAUCAGGAACAUCAGAGGCAAUUCCCACUGCGUGGACUGUGAAGCACAGAACCCCGACUGGGCCAGUUUGAAUUUGGGAGCCCUCAUAUGUAUCGAAUGCUCAGGUAUACACCGAAACCUUGGCACGCACCUCUCCCGGGUCCGCUCUCUUGACCUGGAUGACUGGCCUAUAGAGCUCAUCAAGGUGAUGUCUUCGAUCGGGAACGAGCUGGCAAACAGCGUCUGGGAGGAGAGCAGCCAAGGCCAUAUGAAACCUUCGUCAGACUCCACAAGGGAAGAAAAAGAGCGCUGGAUACGUGCGAAAUACGAGCAGAAGCUCUUCCUUGCCCCGCUGCAGUGCCUGGAGCUUUCUCUGGGCCAGCAUCUCCUGAGGGCUACAGCCGAGGAGGACUUGCGGACGGUCAUCCUGCUCCUUGCCCAUGGGACCCGGGAAGAGGUGAACGAGACCUGCGGUGACGGUGAUGGGCGCACUGCCCUCCACUUGGCGUGCAGGAAGGGAAACGUGGUGUUGGUGCAGCUCUUGAUUUGGUACGGCGUCGACGUGAUGGCACGCGAUGCCCACGGCAACACGGCGUUGGCCUACGCCCGGCAGGCCUCCAGCCAGGAGUGCAUUGACGUUCUCCUCCAGUACGGCUGCCCCGACGAGCGCUUCGUCCUCAUGGCCACCCCAAACUUGUCCAGGAAGAACAAUAACCGGAACAACAGCAGCGGAAGGAUGCCCACCAUCAUCUGAGGAGCUCACUCGUGUCUUCGCUGACCUGAAUUACAUCCGCAGCCUCACAUUCCUCCAUCCCCAUCACAGCUCUGCUCUGUGAGUCUGGUAACUCUCCUUUUCCCUUUUCCCUUCGGUACAUCCCUGUCCCAUCCGGAAACGGCGCGGGGAUGAGAAGGAGCAGAAGGGGCUGCAGAGAAAGCAGUUGUUUCAGCGACAGCUCUCGAACGAUGGAAACAAGUGGGCAAGAGGGAGCGCGUGGGUUGAGCAGGACACGCCGCGCGUGGCACCGGGACCAUGGGAGAGCGGUCGUCCCCGGGGAGGGGGCACGCAGGCUCCCCGAGCGCGGAGGGAAGGGGCAGAGGGAGAGGCGAGCGAGAGGAGAAGGAAGGAGAGAUGGUGACUUUCCGUAACUGACAGUUAAGCACAUCAGUACAUUUCACCUCUACCAAACGCAACGCCUGGAUUUUCAUUCUCUUCUCUGAAGAGCUUGACGGCAUAAAUCAGAAGCAAGCACAGAGUUUGUCAGGUUUGAAGCUCCUAUGAUGGUAUGUGUCAAAUCAGUUGUAGCUAAUCUGUCCGGGGAGAAUACUGGCUUCAUUACACUUGUAUAGUUGAGUUCUUCCAGCAUUACCGCUGUUUAAUAGAACAUGAUUAGUCAUCACGGAGAAAAAAGCAUAUUAGCUGAGGAGGUAGUUACAUGGCACGCUUCGGUGAUUGCUUGGAUGUGAUUGCAAUAUUCUUAGAAGCAUCAUAUUAUCUCAGACAUGUUCUUUCAAGCCCUUGGAGCCCUCCUUUCUAAAUUCACUGUCAUAAUUUAGUAUCUGUUUAAUUUUUCAGUCCAAAGAGAGGAAAUGAGUUGCUGAGUGUUAUUUGACUGCAGUCUCCUUGGUGUAAAAACAAAAUGGAAAAAAUAAAUAAGAGUAACUAUGAAACACAAAAAGGAAUAAUGAAUACCGCUAAGGAAAAACAUUUCAAGUACGUUUAGUGAAAUUAAUAAACGCAUUAAAUGCUAAUAUUUUUUCAGCCAGCAGAAAUAGGUUCUGUCAUUUUGCCAAGGUAAAUGUGUUGAGUUUUUGGUCACUCCUGUGAUGCAUUGCCUAACUUAUACAGAUUUUUGUAUUGUGUCUCUAGAUUAUAUGUAUGUAAAAUCUAUUUGAAUAAAAAAACAAUAAAUAUGCAUUGAUUUUUUUUUUUUUUGUACAGAAGAUGACAUCUCUGUUAAUUUAUAAACUGUAAUGGAUGUGAACUAAAUAAUGUGCAACUAGUUAGGAUCUGUGGGUUACAGAUCAUUGUACAUUGAAAAUAUUCCCAGCAGUGAACUCUUGUUUCCAUCGCAAGCCUUUGAGGAACAUAUCAGAAGAUUAUGGCACGUUUGGCAUGAAAAAAAAGAAAAAAAAAAGUGUACGAGACCUUUUAGAAAGGAAAAAGAGGCUGUUUCUCAGCACUGUAAAUAUAUUUUACUCGAGAAGUCACGAAGCUUUCACAAGCCAAGACAAAAAGCCCUAGUCUGGCUGUGGGAAGAUCAGAUUUGAUUAAGUUCAGAAUUGAUAGCCUUCACCGCGGCGGGCAGGGCAUGGCUGCGCUUGACUCCCAACUUGGCUGCUUUCCGGAAGAAAAAUGGCUUGUGAAAGUAGCCUGGACAGUUCAUUUGAAUUCCAAGUUUCAAUACCUGAUUUGAUUAUUUUGGUAUUGCCAGGCAGAUCCCAGCUUCUCCUGUUUUCAGCAAAGUAGGAUUCUGGCACGGGGAAGCAGGCUUGUAUGGUUUUUGGCAGGCAGAAAAGUGAUUUUUUUUCUUUUUUUUUUUUUUUUUUAAGUGGCAUAUGGCAAUGUGAGGAUGGGGGAAGGGUAUAUCAUGGAGAAAGUUGAAAACUCAACUGAAUUCGAUGGCAAAGGAGCAAUUACGUGAAGGCAGUGAGGUGUACACAGCAUAGCAAUUUGCAAAUCUACCUGCUCGUAUGUGUUUCCCAAGCUUUCGGUGGUGCUCUUCCUUGGGGCUCCGGAUUUUAUUUGGCGUACAAAGGGGAGGAGCGUAGCAAUUGCUAAAAUAAACUGUAUGGGGACAAAAUGUGAAGGAAAAAAAUGUAAUCUGGUUAUCUUAAGGGGGAAAAAAAGAAAUCAGAAAAUUACGGAUUUGAUGUAAAAUCAUCAAAUUGUGGAAGAAGAGCGAGCCUCAAGGUGGAAGCACGAGAAUAUUGACCAGCUUUUCCUCUUUGGUGGUGUUCUCAUUUUGUACUUUGUUACUGUAUAGACCUUUGACUAUUUGGGAGGGGAAAUCUUUCUUCAACCAGCCUAGGCUGGCUGCACCAGAGUAAGGCUACAGCUGAUUCUCUUCAUACUGGGAUAAUUUUAUUAUUAUUAUUAUUAUUUUUAAUAGAGGCAGGGUGUCUGUAAUAAUUGCUAUUUCUCCAUCAUUCCCAUGCAGCUCCCUGAUCUUUGGUACUGACGGGUGGUCCUUCAGCGACGGGACAACCCAUCUAACGUGCAGCUGAAGGGGAUGCUGUGAAGCCCGCUGUGUCUUGGUGCUCACGAGCUUUACACCCCGGACGGGGGAGGACACAGCGGGGAUUCGUGGUCCCAGAGGUGCUAUAGCUGCCCGCUCUUCCCCUGGGAGCACCAAGGGCAUUUGUAUCCGAAAACCAAGUCCAACGUUUCAAAUACGUGGUAGGCAGAUUUGCCGCCGUUAAGUUCUCAAUGCGUGUUCCGUUUCUGAGCUGGUUUUUUUCCUAAUUGAAAAUAUUUUCUGUACGUAAUCUAAUGCUCUCUUUGGGCCACCUUCCUCUUACAAAGCUGAGAGUGAUGUUUGAGAAACAAGGGCAAGCAGGCUGUCAUGCAGAUUUCAGGUAGAAGGAUUACACGCUCCUUUCGUAAAAAUGUUCUGAAGGCGAUCACUGAAAAAACACAGAAUAUUUUUAGGAGAGGAAAUUCCACUGUAUUAUAGGAAAAAUGAUAUAUCCGGGCUAGCCAACUAAUAACCUCAUACUUUAAUUAAGCGGGAACACAGUUGCUUUUAACCCAAACGUAGUUGUCUUUCCCUUGGAGGCGUAAGUGUUGGCAGUACCUAUGUUGCAGUGGCGUAGACUAUGUGAUGACUUCCCCCGAACCUCUGGGGGUCUGCAGGGAGGAUACCCGGUCGUGCAUGCAGCAGCGGUCCCUUCCAAAGACAGGAGAUCACCCAGCGCCGUCUCUCCAGGUCAGGAGAGACCUUCUCUGGCACUAGAGCUGGUGAUGCUCCAGCCACAGAAGAACAGACCCCCAGGGUCCGUGGCUCAGCGGGCGUUGGCUACAGCAUCCCCCGUUCAAAUGGGUUUGGUUGGAUGGCCGCGAGAAGUUGUGUGGGACAAGGCGGUCAGGCCAACGUAGACUCCAUCCUCUCCUUGCAUGGUGAAGGAGAGGAGGUGAAACCCUUUCUCACCACAGCUAAGAGCGAGGAUGGAGGAAGUUCUCCGUGCCCGGAGCCUGGCAGGACUUGGCUUUAUGAGCCGAGGUCUCCGUGCUCUGCGUGCUUUUCAGGGGAUGCGUUUGCACUUUGCAAAGGAUGUUCUUGAAGCCGUCCAGGUGCAGAGACAGGCAAUAUAUACUGACGCUUAGAGAACCUGCAGGAAUCGUUCCCCUUGCUUUCACUCUGUUAACCCGUCCGUUUUCUGUUCUUUGUCUCGCGUUUAGCCCCUCUCGUUGCUUUUAUGGAGCCCACUUGCCAGGCUGUUUACGCCCUUUGAGCAUGUUAUGAGCAAAUUAAAAGCAAAUUGAGAUCCAGUCAAUAAGAAAUCCCAGCAGAAACAUGUUAGCUGAAGCUGUUUUCUCCGAGAAUGGAGUCCACGGCUGUGGGGUUGUUUUGCGUCCUCUAUUUAACCCUUUUCAUCAUCCUAGAAACCUUUAAAUCCCCCUUCCUCUGCACUUUAUCCACAACAACUAAAACACUAGACGCGAGUCAGCUAUUGCUAUUAACAUCGGCACUUUCCUUGUAUUUAUUUUAAGCAAAUUGCUGUUGAACGAUGGAGAUAAGUCGGAUGUGUCAUAUCCAGCAUCUGAACCUUGUGUUCCCAGAGUUGAGGAGGGUUUACUUCUCCUCGCCAUUUAUGAAGAAACAAGAUCAAACCUUGGGAAAAUUCAGGGUCCUGCCAGUGCAGAGAUUUGUCCAAGGGCUCCCAUUACCAGAUUUCCGAUUUUGUUGCUAAAAGGGGGCAGAAGAACAGCUGUUUUUGGAGAACUUUGGUAUAUCCUGAGAGCUAGGUGCUGCUCAGAAAGCCAGGUGAGGCCCUGGAAGGCAGAGAGGAUUUUUUUAAGCAUUUGGGCAUAGCGUAUAACAACUGUGUAAAAAUUCGUAUUGUUUAAUUUGCCGUCUUUUCCCUGAUUCCUUAAAUUAUAUGUGUUGGGGGGCGGGGGGGGGGGGGAAGCUUUAGCUGCACUUGGAGAUUUCCCCUGUCCAGAGGGAGCCGAGUGACACAGGGAGAGGAAUAGAGGUGGGAACGCAGAUAUGGGCUUAGAAAUGAUCUCCGGCACUGUAAUGUAGUAUAGCUAGAUUAUAUGGGGUUUGGAUAGCUUCAUCUUUUAUAUUUGUAUGGAGAUCGGGGGGAAAAAAAUGAAGUAAUUUGUAGUUUCUAGUAUAAAGUAGUAAUAGUGGAGACAAGCACAGAUUUCGCAAGGGGGUCCCGAAGGGGCCCCUUCCAAACGUCUCGGGGAGCUGCGUUUGCACCUUAACAGGGAACAAAUGGUCGUUGUGGCUGGAGGGACUCAAGGUAGAGGAGGACAGUGUUGGGGACCAAACCUGGGGCAGCUUGGCUGGAUAGGAGACAACUUGCCCAUUCCCAUCUCAUCGUCGAGCGUCUUCGUUUCCCCUCCGGUGGCUGCUACAGCGAUGCGUACGUGGGAUCUCUGGCUAUUGGUCUUGGAUCCUUGGUUCAAGAUCUCUUUCUGUUCUUGGUGAUUUGUGGGUAAAAUUUAUUGCGUAGAAAACUGGUUUUUGGAUGUUCUUGUGUUUGCUGCAAGGCAGAAAAAAAAAAUCCUCUCCAGAUUAAAGUUCUUUUCAAGGUAGAAAAACACUAAACUACCCUGAAUUAAAAGGUUCUGCAAUGAGUUUUGACUUCUUAAAUUUUAAGCUAGAAAAAGAAGGUUGCUUUGAAUGGUUUUAUUAGAGAAUAAUCUCCUCUUUGAAAAAAUAUAGAUGUAAUAGAGCAAAACAUCCAAAGCUGUAGCUAGGUAGGUUUGUUGAUGACGAUAUUCUAGGUUUCGUUCUGUUGUUUAGCAUGGGCCAGUUUUUAAAGUAAAUAUUGGGUGAUCUUAUCCCAUGACAGCUUACCUCGAGUUGACUGAGUCCAUCUCACAUUUUAAAGGGAGGCUCGAAGGGUUUUGGCCAAGAUUUUCAAGAGCGAGGAAUAGUUCAUGUUUUGAGAGGAGGAUCGCGUGAUUUCUGAAAAUAAAAAGUUGGUUCGGUUUGGGUAUUUUUUAGAGACAUCUUAAGCCCCAAAUCAGUAGGCAUGCUUCUGGUCAUCUUGGCCCCUGUGUUUCAUUUCAGGUGACAGCAAUACGUGGAUGAAUUAACUCCCAUCGUUUACUAUUGUUCCCUGAAUGUUCAGGGGGACUUUUGCUCGUGGGCAGAUGAAAUAAAAAUGUCUUUGUGCAUUUCAGCGGUUUUUAGCCUCUCCAUCUCUAUAUGUCCGCCUGUCUCCCAAAUCCCUACUCAAGCGGUAGCGGUCGGUUCUGUUGACAGGCAGAGCUUCAGCUUUCUCUUGGCCAUGAACUUUCUGGAUGUGUGUUUAGCUUCCAGUACUAAGGAUUGACUAUUUUGCAGUGCUUCAGAGCUAGUAAUUUUUACCUGUGUGUUAUGUACAAAAUGUGACAGGGGUGGGGUGGGGUGGGGGGGGAAUGCUUACAGAGGUCUAACGGCAUGCGUUUGGGAUGACCGUGUUGCUUGCUGGCAGUGAAUGCACCAUCAGCUCUUUUACGUAUGCCCUGUUUUCAAGAACCGAUCGGUGUUUUGGUUUUUUUGUUUGUUUCUGACAACUGAAGUAGCUGAAAACACUUUGCUGGUCCUCUCGAAUUACAAGGUCCACGGAGUAAAACCCCUCACAGGAGACAACUUGAGAGGGUCUGAUCUGAGCUGAAGGCCAACCCCCAAGCUCAUGCAGGACCAAGGAAGGGUUUUGGUGCUGAAGGUGGGUUGUUAUUUGGCAGCUAGUUCCCAGAUCUGGGGGUUGAGUUGAGUAGAACUGGUGGAUGAAGUGCAGUCAAGGUGGUUGGAGUCCUAAGGUAAAGGCAGUCUUACCACGUGGAGGUCACUAACUACACGCGCUUUGCAUUUGGUGUGCGUAUGUGUGCUUGUAUAUGCAUCUAUGCUCUACGUACUGCUAUUAGUAACUGUGGAAACGUACGUGCGCACAUUUACACAUUAAUCGAAAUCAAUAGUUAGAGCCAGGUUUUCCGUUAGGUGUUUCUAAACGGGCAAGUUUCCCGGUUUGACUAAGACGGGUCAUCUCCAAGAGCGCGGGGGGCAGGCACAGGGUGGGGGACACUUGCUCGAGGGAUGGGGAGAUGCAGGAACACAAGGUACAGACUUACUGUGGCCCUCGCGAGCUGUCAGACGGUCGGGACUCGUACAGAUCCCUGCCUCGGAGGUAGUAAAAAAAAAAUCCAGCUCCUUCAGAGAGCAACACUCAACUUGAGAAGACCUUUAACUUGGCCACCAGAACUGAAGUAGCUCCCUUGCUUGAGAGAAGAAAUCCCAGCUCGCCAGCCCUGGAGGUGUUACCAUGGGAAACACCAGGGAGGGAGAUUCUGAAGGUGAAGAGGACAGAGAACUUGUUGCCCAGAGGCCCUUUUUUUUUUUUUUUUUAAAUAAAGUUGCUUGAAACUCAGCUUACUGGCUGAACUUAAGUGCAGGACCAGCGGGCUGCCCUCCUGCAGCUGAUUCAGCGAUGCUUCGGGUUGUGCUGCUGUUUGUGGGGCUGUUGAGGAGGACAGUGGUGAGAUGUUUCUGAAGAGCUGUCUCCAGGUGGGUCCUUCCCCAUGAGCAGCUCCUCACCCUUCCUUCCACAUGUUUGUGAUCAUUACUUACUCUCCGGCCCCAAAAUUUUGCCAUGAGGGAGCCACAAACCUCACCUGAAGUGCGCUGAGGCUUUGCAUGUACCGAGUAGUCCAGGAAGACUUGACCAAGUGUUGUUCACGCUGUUUCUACCCUUGCUUUUGGUUUAUGGUCCUAUCAGAGGAAACCUAUAGGGAGAAGGCAAGUCUGGCAGGGCGAGAAGGCUGUUUGCUGGAGCUAGGUGUGGUAGGAAAUGUGGAGGAGAUGCUGCGAUCUUUCAUUUCUCCUUCUUGCGCCUAUGACAGAAGAAUUUCUUUGAAAUGCUGUUGAAAACCCUUCCAAGCAUUUGUUGUUGUUGUCGUUGUUCCUGAUGUAUCCAGAGAUGCGAGAGGCCUUGAACCUACUGGGAUCAUUUUGCCAAUCCACGGGGAAAAUAGGACGUACCUGUCCUCUUUCCGCUAUUUCAAUGUCAAGAGCAUCUUUCACUUGUAGGCAGCUUGCGUAGGCGGGUGCACAAACUGAAGGGGGGUACUGAGGGGAGGAGCGUCUUGUCUUUCCAAACGCUGGGGGCGUGUUUGGUGUAGCUAUUGCCGUUGGGCUCUGGUUCGGGAUUGCCGGGGGCCUGAUUCUGCAGCUCCUGCUGCCUUAAACCUCUCAACUUCAGCGGGGUUUGUGCGUAUCCCAAAUGUUUUGCCCAAGUUUGAGACAAAACGGCUUCGGGGCGGCAGAGUUGGGCGCGGGUGGGCUGUGUCCUGACCCUUCUGAAGGCAGAGUUUGGCCCCUGGUUUCAGCAAGGUUGUGAUUUGAGGUUCGAUCUAGCCGGCACCUUUAUUUUGGGAAGCGGAUGCGUACGCUUGUUUCUUUCUUUUAUUCCUUACUACCCUGCAAAGGCUAGAUUUUACAUUCGGCCGCCUUUAGCCCCCAAGUCUUUCGGUUUUUCUGCUUUGUGAUGUUUGUCUUUUUGGUUGGGAAGGGGAGAAAGGGAGCCCAGGUGAGUAGGGACACCUGAGACCUGUGUUUGGGGUAGAGGCAGAAGAUAGCUAGCACAUGGCAGGCUUUAUUGCAAGUUUUUGGGUGGGGGUUUUUUUGGUUGGGUUUUUUUUUCUGUUUCUGUAAAUAGUAAUGUAUAAAUGAUGACAAGACAGUGUGGAAAUUAUUAAAAAAAAUGUCUUUUGUUGUUGUUUUUAUAUUACCUCAUUCAGCAAGUUUGUUUUACAAUGACUCAAUGAUGCUUUAUUUAUAUUGUUUGUACUGUAAUUAAACCGAUUGACAAACAUUUCACUGCUUGUUGUUUCAUAUGAUAUUGGUUUGAUUAAGUAUGCCAGUUUGUAUUAUGUUUCCCUUUCCUCUCUCUCUCCGCGUUGAGAUUUUUGUGUCAGCUGUACAGUAUUCUGAAUAAUUAAAAAAAAAAAUUAAAGAAAAAAAGAAAAAAAAAAGUUGUAAAGUACUGCAGAGAGAGGCUGCUAUAUUGUAUAGGUCUCUUUCUAAUAAAGACAAGAAAACUUGUUCGUCGC